AUGAGCAGCAGUGCGACACACGCGUCUCCUUCUGCCCCGCCAAAGGCGCCCAUCCACGUCGAGCCCUUUGUCCUGCCCUCGAUCGGUGGCGUCGACAAGGAUGGGAUCAGCGUGGCCGAGGCGCGCGAGAACAUCAAGCGCGAUCUGCGCAGCGACACGGCCACGAUUCCCACGCCAGAGAUGGCAACGGCCAUGGCCGAGGCCAGCGUGGGCGACAACGUCAUGAAUGAGGAUUUGACGACUGCUUCCUUCGAGGCCAGCGUCGCUUCCCUGUGCGGAAAGGAGGCGGGCCUUUACGUGCCCAGCGGCACGCUCUCCAACCAGCUCUGCCUCCGCACCUGGCUGCUCCAGCCGCCCUAUGCGGUCAUCUGCGACUACCGGGCCCACAUUCACCGGCACGAGGCCGGUGGCGUAGCCUACCACUCUGGCGCUGCAGUCGAGCUCAUCCAGCCGUCCAACGGCGCCUACCUUCGCUGGGUCGACAUCGAGCCGCAGAUUGCGCUCGACGACGGCGACGUCCACGCAGCGCCCACCAAGAUUGUCUCGCUCGAAAACACGCUCCAAGGCACUAUCCUGCCCCAGGAGGAGAUUCUCACCAUUCGGAGGGGCCUCGACGAGCUCAAAGCUCAGGGCCACGACAUUAAGCUCCACCUCGACGGUGCCAGGCUGUGGAACGUGUCUGCUGCGACGGGCAAGUCGAUGAAGGAGCUCUGCGAGCCCUUUGACAGCGUCAGCCUCUGCUUCAGCAAGGGUCUCGGCGCCCCCAUUGGCAGCAUGAUGCUGGGCCCACAAGCGCUCAUUCGCAAGGCCCACCACUUCCGAAAGCUCUUUGGUGCCGGCAUGCGCCAGUCUGGCUUCAUCGCUGCUGCCGCCCGCGUCGCCCUGACGUCGCACUUUCACAAGCUCGCAUACACGCACGAACUUGCGCGCUGGACCGCCAAUGCGCUCGAGCAGCUCGGCGUGCGCAUCACCAUGCCCGUUGACACCAACAUGGUCUUUAUCGACACCACGCCCCUGGGCUUUGAUGCACGCAUGCUCGUCGAGCGCGCCCAGGCGGAAAGGGGCAUCAAGCUCGGCGGUGCCAGGCUCGUGGUCCACCACCAGAUUGUGCCCGAGACGAUGAGCGACCUCGUCCAGAUUGUCGCGCAGCUCAAGGCAGAGAACGAGGGCGUCAAGCUGGAGAGCAAGGGAAAGAGCGAUGGCUACCCAUCGAUGGCGACGAGAAAGUAA